GGGUGCUUGGGAUGGGGAGAGACGGAGAGCGCCAGCAAGGCCUCCCCGUCUCCUCCUUCUUCGGAGCCCCGUCGAGGCUGCCCCCUUCCCUUCCUCAGGUGUCUCCCUCCCUCUUGCUAGGUAAUGAUUAAGACCCCGAAGGGGAGGGCCAGGGAAGGGCUGCUCAUAAGAAGGGCUGCCAUGGGAGAGGCUGAGCAGGAGAGAGCGAGCGCCAGCAUCCCCAGCCCGGGCUUCAUGGCUCCCCCCGGCGGCCCCCUGCUCUUGCUCCUCUCCCUGGCCCUGGGGCUCCUCUCCCGCCCUGCCAGCGGGGCCCCUGGGGAGGGCCGGGAGACCUGGCCCCGCUUCGGGGCCCUUCCUUUCCCCGAGGACGCCCUCUUCCUGCAGGAGCCCUUCCCCGAGGGCUUCCUCUGGGGCGCCGGCAGCGCUGCCUUCCAGACGGAGGAGGGCCUCUGGAGGAUGGCGGGCCAGGGGCCUUCGGUCUGGGACGCCUUCCUCCACCGCCCCCCCUCCCCCUCCCCCUCCUCCCUCGACGGCUCCUUCUUGCAGCUGGAGCGGGAGCUGGAGGCCGUGGGCCGCCUGGGCCUCUCGCACUACCGCUUCUCGCUCUCCUGGGCCGCCCUGCUGCCCAACGGCACCCUGCCGCUCAACCCCUGGGCCGUGGCUCACUACCGGGGCCUCCUGGAGGGGCUGCGGGCGCGGGGCGUGGAGCCCCUGGUGGCCCUGCACCACUGGGAGCUGCCCCUCCGGCUCCAGCAGGCCUUCGGCGGAUGGAGCCACCCGGCCCUGGUCCGCCUCUUCCAGGACUACGCCGCCCUCUGCUUCGGGCUCUUCGGGGGCCUGGUCCGCUACUGGCUGACCCUCGACGGCCCUUACCUGCUGGCCUGGCACGGCUACGGCUCCGGAAGGAUGGCCCCCGGCCUCCGAGGGGGAAGGCAGGCCGCCUACGCCGCCGGACACAACCUCCUCAAGGCCCAUGCCAAAGUGUGGCACCUUUACCACAAUCAUUUCCAACCGGUUCAAGGAGGCAGAGUAUCAAUUGCCUUAAGCUCUCAUUGGAUAAAACCUCAGCACAUGACUGGAGACAAUAUAAAGGAAUGUCAGAAAUCUCUUGAAUUUGUGCUAGGCUGGUUUGCUAAACCUAUAUUUAUUGACGGAGACUACCCUGAGAGCAUGAAGAGUGAUCUUUCCUCAGUGCUGCCAGAAUUCACUGAAGCUGAGAAGAAGCUUAUCAGGGGGACAGCUGAUUUCUUUGCUCUUUCAUUUGGAGCCACAUUAAGUUUCCAUCUUGUGGAUCCUGAUAUGCUAUUCCAGCAGGAGGAAUCACUGAGCUUAAGGAAGUUGCUUUAUUGGAUAAGCCGUGAAUAUAACCAACCAGAGAUUUUCAUUGUGGAGAACAGCUGGUUUGUUUCUGGUAACACGAAGGUAGAUGACUCCAAGUAUAUGAAUUAUCUGAAAUAUUUUAUUAUGGACACUUUAAAAGCUAUAAGGUAUGAUGGAGUUAAUGUCAUUGGAUACACAGUUUGGUCUCUCAUGGAUGGCUUUGACUGGCUCAGAGGCUACAACAUUAGACGGGGUCUGUAUUAUGUUGAUUUUCAAAGCCAGGAUAAAAAAAUGACGUUGAAGUCUUCGGGAUUGUUCUACCAAAAGGUGAUUGCAGACAAUGGCUUCCCUUCAAAACCAGAAAACCAGUCUGCAGAAGGAACAUUCCCCUGUGAUUUUGCUUGGGGAAUUACUGAAAACUUUCUUCAGGUAGAUACAACUCGAUCCCAGUUUCUUGACCCAAACCUUUAUCUUUGGGACGUUCAUAAAACCAAGAAGCUCAUUAAAAUCAUGGGAGCUGCUGCCCCAAUUCGCAAACCUCAGUGUGUUGAUUUUGCUGCUAUCAGGCUACAGAUUUCUUUACUGAAGGACAUGCACAUCACACACUUCCAUUUUUCACUCAAAUGGCCUUCAGUUCUCCCUCUAGGUAAUGAGACCUCUGUGAACCACACACUUCUGUUUUACUAUGAGUGUUUUGUCAGUGAGCUUGUCAGAGUUAAUAUAACUCCUGUUGUUGCUUUGUGGCAACCUAGUGCUGACAACCAAGGGCUUCCCUUUUCUCUAGCCAACCAUGGAGGAUGGGAUGACCAACGGACUGUGGAAGCUUUCGCUGAGUAUGCUGGGUUCUGCUUUAAAAAACUUGGCCAGCAUGUCAAAUUUUGGAUCACAAUGAGUGAGCCCAAUGUGAUGAACCUGACCUACAGAGCAGCACAUAAUCUGCUGAAGGCUCAUGCCAAAGCCUGGCACUUAUAUGAUAAAAAAUUCAGGAAAACUCAGAAGGGCAAAAUAUCAAUUGCCCUCCAUGCCAACUGGGUUGAGCCAGCAUGCCCGUUUUCAAAAAAUGAUGAUGAUGCAGCCAAACGAGUUUUGGAAUUUGACAUUGGUUGGCUUGCUGAGCCCAUUUUUAAAAGUGGUGACUAUCCAGAUGCUAUGAGGCAGUGGCUUCAGCAAAAACGCCGCCUGGGUUUUCAUGGUCCACACUUACCUUAUUUCUCAGAAGAGGAAAAGCACCUAAUACGAGGUUCAUAUGACUUCCUUGCCUUGAGUCACUACACUACAUUUCUUGUGAACUCUGAAAGAGAAACUCCCAAGCAGUAUGAUCACCUCCUUGAAAUCCAAAUGCAAGUUGACAUCACCUGGGUGAAAUCACCCAACAGAAUCCCAGUGGUGCCCUGGGGGUUACGGAAGCUCCUCAAUUGGGUUAAGUUUAAAUACGGCGAUAUCCCAAUCUACAUCAUAGCAAGUGGAAUUGAUGAUGAACAGAAUGUGGAUCAAGAUAAACUGAGAAAAUAUUACAUAGAGAAUUACAUCAAUGAAGCUUUGAAAGCCUACACCUUAGAUAAUGUUAAUCUUCGUGGCUAUUUCAUCUAUUCUUUCAGUGACAGGGGUGAUUCCAGAUCAUAUGGUCUCUAUCGUUACCUGAUAAACCAAUAUGAGGCAAAACCUUCUAUGAUACAUUAUAGGCAAAUCAUUGACAAUAACACCUUUCCUGGACCAGGAACUUCUCACUUCAUUUGCCUCAGAGAGUCAGUUCUUUGUCCAGAAUGCACCUCUGUGCAGCCAAGAAAAUUUUUCCUGGCAUUUGUAGCCUUUAUAUUGUUUGUUUUCAUUGUUACUGCAUUUCUGAUCACUUACUACUCUAAUAGUAGCCAUAAAUACUGCUCGCCCAUUGCUCACUGCCCUCCAGCUACAUUACCUAGAGAAACCUGGAAGUAAAUAAACACAAGGUUGUGAUUAUUGUUGCACUAUGAAUGUCUUUACAGUAUCUAAUGCUGUAGAGCAUUAAAUGUGAAAAUGGAUUAGAUCCAUGGGGUAUGUAUGACUCCUCUCUGUUUUAGCACUUUGGACUUGCUGGUGGUGUUAAUCCUUCUCACCCCACAUUGCCCUGAUUCACUGACAGAGAUCCACAAGCAGGAGAAUGCUUUUGCAUGCACAGCUAUCAGAGAAGUACAUCAAAAGUGUGCAUCUAGAUCACAGUGUUAAUGCAAACUGGUUGAGUCAUUGGCUAGAAUUGAUGCAUUGUUUGUUGAUGGCAUACAUCUCGAUGUGACAUUAAUAUUUUGUACAACAAAAUGUAUUGUGGGUGCUUCUACUCAGGUUCCAGGCAGUCAGCCAUCUCAGACUAUGCCAUUCCAUUUCCUUGAUUUUGUGUUUCUCUGCAUCCCACAAUACUCCACAUUCACUUCCUGCAGAACGCUGCUCACUUAACUAAGCUAAUUUGGGGCAGAGCUUGGAAAAUGUACUUUUUGGACCAUAGUUGGGAUUUUUAGGUGCUGACUAUACCAGCACUUCAGAUGACUGCAGCAUGUUUCAGAGAGAAAAAUGUGCAUAAAAUCAUAUGUUCUUACUCAGACAACUUUGAUUAGCCUGGGUGCCAAUUUGCUUCUCUGGGAUUCACUAUAAGAUCAUGCACACAAACCUCUGCCUCCCUGUCAAUCUUCAGUGACAAAUCACACCCCUGAAUUUCAACAGCAAAGCAGAAAAGAUAAUUAAAAUACAAAAGAAAAUAUUUCAGUGAUUUUUGUGCCUUCAAGUAAUUUCUGACUUACGUCAACACUAAGGUA